AUGUGGUUUGAAUAUAUGGUCUAUGUCCCAAAAGAAUGGAGUGGGUAUUCGAAGCAGUUCCUGGUGACAGUGAUAAAAAACAAAACUGGUAAUCAAUGGCAAGUCUGCGGUCGCUUAGAAGGAACGACGAUCCGGUUGCAGGACGUUACUGGUGUACUAGUUUACUACCGGUACUGCCCUUGGCUGAAGAAAUGUGAUGACCUGAAAAUGCAUCCUGAUGAGAACGAGUACUUUGGGGUCAAAAUGGACUGCUUAUGCUGCUCGCUCGCGUAA